AUGGUGCCAAGUGUGACUGACACGUCAACGGAUGUGGCUGCUACCGUGGCCAAGCCUGUGACGGCCUUUGCAACUGCUAGUGCCCCCCCAACAAUGAUGGAUCGAAACGAAACAGGCGUAGAACGCGCCUUCGCUGGAGAAAAGACAAAGACGGUGGCGGGCACUGAAUCGGCUGUCGAGCUGGAGCCCACUGGAUGCAGAGAUUCGGUGCCUGGGAGCUGCUUCACCGUGGGGGUGGACACGGAUCUGCGUGGCGCGCCACCCUUGGGGCUUACCUUUGAUGUCAUGGAUCCAGCAGUGUGCGUGGUGGCAUCAGUGAGCGCUCCAUCCCUGAUCCAUUCCUGGAACCAGCGAUGUGCCCCAGAGGAGGUUGUGAAACCCCGAGAUCGGUUAGUGAAGGUGAAUGGUUUGUCUCGUGCUGAUGCUGAAGGCUUAGCCAAGGUCUUGGCUGAGGGCCUCGGGCACAAAAAGAAGGCCCAUGCUUUGUUAGAAUUUCAGCAUCCGCUGGUCGUCGACGUGAAGUUGAGGAAGGAUGGAGCGCUGCCGCUAGGUCUCAGCCUUCACUACGCGUUGUCGGAGAAUAAGAUAGGAGGGCUUUGUGUCAAGAGCAUCGGCGACGGAUUGGUCAAGGCCAAAGGUCCGCAGAUCAAGGAGGGGCACCGGGUUGUGGCGAUUGAUGCGUCUGAGAUGGGCGUGGACAAGAUGUUGGAGACGCUGCGCGUCAGCAAGGAGGUGACCCUCACAAUCAUCUCAUGGCCGGAGCAGGGAGGAGAACCAGCGGCACCAGCUCCUUGCGUUUCACCCUGA